AUUCCAUAUAAUCGAUGCGGCAGGUCUGUCGAUAGGCAGAUUAUCACAGUUUAUAGUUCGUCUGCUCACUGGAAAAUACCGUGUUGAUUACCGCUGUAUGGACAACAACCGCUCUGACAGCGUCAUAGUCGUGAAUGCGAUACAUGCUAGAUUCGUCGGCCAUACGUGGGAUACCAAGAUCUAUCGAA